GCGUCUAAUGCGAAAUCGACGUUGAAAAAGCUGAUUUGGCGUCAAAAUCCGAGUCAAUGUUUCAGCUGCCUAUUCUGAACUUCAGCCCCCAGCAAGUAGCUGGCGUGUGCGAGACGCUAGAAGAGAGCGGCGACAUUGAGCGUCUUGGUCGCUUCCUGUGGUCGUUGCCAGUCGCUCCUGCAGCCUGCGAGGCGCUAAAUAAAAAUGAGUCGGUCAUCCGAGCCAGGGCGAUCGUUGCCUUUCACACGGGCAAUUUCAGGGAUCUCUAUCACAUUGUGGAACAUCACAAAUUUACUAAGGAGUCGCACAUGAAGCUGCAGGCGCUGUGGUUGGAGGCGCAUUACCAAGAAGCAGAGAAGCUCAGGGGGAGACCUUUGGGGCCAGUAGACAAGUACAGGGUGAGGAAGAAGUUCCCUCUGCCCAGGACUAUUUGGGACGGGGAACAGAAGACUCACUGCUUUAAAGAACGAACCAGACAUUUGCUUAGGGAAUGGUACUUACAAGAUCCCUAUCCGAAUCCCGGCAAAAAAAGAGAACUCGCCCAGGCGACUGGACUUAGCGCAACACAAGUUGGAAACUGGUUCAAAAACCGCAGACAAAGAGACAGAGCGGCGGCAGCAAAGAACAGGCUGCAACAGCAGGUCUUGUCCCAGGGAAGUGGCCAUUCAUUGGGUCCAGAUGAUAGAGGAGAAACGCUGGGCUCAGCCUCCAGUCCUGCGGCAAGUCUGUCCAGCAAAGCGGCUACCUCUGCCAUCUCCAUCACAUCCAGCGACAGUGAAUGUGACAUCUGAGCCUUGGACACACCACAAACUCACAACCCAGUGCUACAAACCGGCCAGGGACAUCAUCACACUGGCAUUUCUGACUAUUAAUCUGCCUCCAAUUCCCACUAGAAGACUGUAAAAGGUUUGUGUCACAUCAUUUAAUCUGGGGACCUUUAAAUCCGAUGCCUCAAUUGCCUACUAAUCGCCAAGUGUCUGAGCGACCGCUCUCCAACUCUCUGAGCGCAUGCCCCGUUCAUGGUGGAAAAUAAGGACUUUUUUUUUUACUUUAUCUUUUUUUUUUUAAUAUAUUAUAUAAUGACUUAUUUAAGGGUUUGCAAACUGUAGACUUCUUUUGCUUGUCUGUAUGUGCGCAGGUGACUAUGUAGACGCAUGUGCGCCAAAUCUAUGAAUCUAAUCCAGAAGUUAAAUAAAAUAUGUAAUGGACAGCUUA